AUGUCGAACACUGCGGACAUGUUGCAACGUCAAAUGGUGCUGCAAAGUGAAAUUUCAGCACGCUGCGAUCAAAAUAAAUUAGAGGAUGUUAAGGUGCUAUGGAGCGAAUUCCACAGCAACCAUGUAAACUUGGCGGGGAAAGUAGCGCCGAAUCAUGAGUACUUCGCCAAAAAUGUGUACGAAAAAUUGCGGCAGAAAUGCGAAGCUGCACAUAGUAGAGCUGAGGAGCUCAAAAUGGAACGUGCAACCCAAGAGACGGAGAUAGGAGCAAGGGCAAUAAGCCCAACAAAUAAAAUGAUAGACGAUAUAGAGCAGGCAAUUGAAAGAAGAUCGGAAAGAAUUCGAUCUACAAUUGCAGAGGUAAAGAUAAAAGCAAAUAUUGGAGACGAAACUGACAUCGAAUUUUACGAAAACCGUCUCAAGGUUUUAUGGAGCUACAUGGAGAAAAAUAUCGACGAAUUGACGAUGAAGUACAACAAGCCAUGUAAUAUUUUAGAAUUAGAAGAUCUUUCCUUUGAAGUCACCGAUACUUUGCGGGUAUUAAAAAAACAAAAGGAAAUGAACUUGGAAAUCAACUUAAAAAAAACGGAAAAAUUGGAAUUACCAAAAAUAGAACUGCAAAAAUUCUCAGGCGAAUUCCGAGAAUGGCAACAAUUCAAAGAGCUCUUCGAGGAAUAUGUCCAUAAUAAUGAGGACAUUAGUGACUCCAAAAAGAUGAGUUAUUUAAAAUCUUGUCUGCAAGGAGAUGCUAAACUGAUGGUUAGUCACCUGAUAACGGGAUCAGGUGCAAAUUACAACACUGCUUGGGAAUUACUGGCACGCAGAUAUGAUAACGUGCGCAAACAAUUUAAUGACAAUAUUGAAAGGCUAGUAGAAAUACCACAACUGACGGAUGAGUCAGCAUACAAAAUGAAAAAAUUCCUAGAUGUAACAAAUGAAUGCAUCAGUAUAAUAAGGAAUAAAGGAACGUUGGAGGAAGUGUUAGCACAGCUAGUGUUGAGAAAAUUUUCUAAACAGCUACUUCGAGAAUAUGAAAACACCGUUCGCAAACCGACUGAAAUUCAAGAUUUGUCGGAAGUAAUUUCAUUUUUGGAACAUCAAUACAGUACCCAGAACGCUAUGCAAGAAUCGCAAAGAUAUCUAUCUCGAGGAAUAAACUUGCAACAACAGAACCAAUGUUAUAACUCCACAACAGAAACAAAGAAACCAUCAGGAAGGACAAGUUUUCGUCAAAGUUGUAAAGGUUGCCAAAUGCAAGGACAUGACAUACUUCGAUGCGAUAAAUUCCAAAAAUUAAAUGUCGAACGUCGGUUAGAAGUAGUGCGCAAACAUCAAUUAUGCUUUAAAUGCUUAGGACAACACACAUCAAAAAGUUGUUUCAGGACUUGGAAAUGUAUGGUAUGCGAUAAAUCACACAAUACCUUACUACAUGAAGACAAACCAAGUCAAAAAAUAUCAUCAAAUAUGGCUAAACAGAAAGGAGAAGACACAUUUUUAGCGACAGCAAUAAUAAAAGUGGUAACGCCAAAAGGAGAGUUGGAUUUAAGAGCCUUGAUUGAUAGUGGUUCUCAAAAAACUCUAAUUUCUGAAGAAGGAGUUCAGAUGUUAGGGUUACCGAAAAUAAAGGUAACCACCGAAAUAAGCGGCGUCUCAGCGGAAUGCGUGGAAGUUUCACGGCAUAAAGUACGACUGGAAAUAAAACCCAGAUUUAAUAGCAAGUUUAUAGCAGAAACGGAAGCUCUAGUGUUAUCUAAACUGCAUAAAGCACUUCCAAUAAACAAAUUUGAAAAGAAGGCGUAUAUAUGGAAGAAUAAAAUACUAGCGGAUCCGAAUUUCAACAAACCAAGUCGCAUUGAUGUAGUAAUUGGAGCUGAUUUGUACCCAAAAAUAAUGAAAAAAGGUAUAAUUAAAGCUGAUGGAUUACUAGGUCAAGCUACAAUGCUGGGUUGGAUUGUCUCUGGUAAUAUUGAAAGAUCCAGAAGCAAAGAAGUAGUAGCAGCUAUGACAACAUUUAAACUAGAUGAUUUAGAAAGAUUCUGGGAGAUGGAAAAGGAUGAAGAGGAGCCUACUCCAGAAGAUGCAAUAUGUGAAGAAAAUUAUAUUCAGACGACAACACGUGAUUCAAUAGACGGGAGAUUUAGAGUAGCCAUUCCAUUUAAAAAGGUGAAAGAGCUUGGAGAAUCUAGAAAGACAGCAGUUGCACGGCUGAUGAGUAUGGAAAGGAAAUUUGAUGCAAGAAAAGAUCUAAAAGACGACUACACAAAUUUCAUGCGGGAGUAUCAAAAGAUGGGACAUAUGAAGGAAGUUGAAAAGAUGGGUCAAGGUAAAUAUUACUUGCCCCAUCAAGCUGUAAUUAAAAAAGAAAGCACCACAACAAAACUAAGAGUAGUAUUUGACGCUUCGGCAAAAACUACAAAUGGUCACAGUUUAAAUGACGUAAUGCUAAUCGGACCAAGAUUACAAAAAGAUAUUGUAGAUAUCAUUGUAAAGUGGCGUAUGUGGCGUUAUGUAAUGAGCGCUGAUGUCGAAAAGAUGUAUCGGCAAAUAAAAAUCAGAGAGGAAGAUCAAGAAUACCAGUACAUUGUAUGGAGAGAAAAUCCACAGGAGAAAAUAAAAGAAUUCAAACUUACAACAGUUACAUAUGGUACAGCAGCAGCACCAUUUUUAGCAGUGAGAACAUUACAAGAGAUUGGUAACAUUUACUGCAAAGACAAUAAAAACGUGCAUGACGUCAUUAAUAACGAUUUUUAUAUGGACGAUCUCAUGACAGGCGGUCAUACUAUUCAGGAAUGUAAAGAAUUACGAGAGAAAUUGAUACAAGCUUUACAGAGUGCAGGAUUUCAUUUAAGAAAAUGGUUAUCAAAUAGUCCCGAAAUAAUUGAUAAUCUUAAACGGGAAGAUAAUGAAAUUGUUCAAAUCGAAGAAACGGAUUCAGUGAAGACAUUGGGGUUGCAAUGGGAACCAAAACGUGACUUAUUUAAGUUUAAAGCAGCAGCUCAACAGAUAAAACAAAUUACAAAACGGUCAAUACUAUCACAAUUGGCAAAAAUAUUUGAUCCGCUUGGUUGGCUUGCACCAGUAACAAUUGUUGGUAGAUGUUUUAUGCAAAAACUUUGGUCAACGGGUGGAUCUUGGGACGAGCCGUUAAACAAAGAAAUAGAAGAAGAGUGGCUGAAAUUUGCUAAACAAUUAGAUAUGUUAGAUAAAAUAACUAUUCCACGCUGGAUUGGUACAUAUAAUAACAUUAGUUUGGAAUUGCAUGCGUUUGGAGACGCAUCUGACAAAGCAUAUGCAGCAGUAAUUUAUGCAAAAGUGGGCCAGCAAGUAACACUGUUGCUUGCCAAAAGCAAAGUAAACCCUAUUAAAAAUAGGAAAACAAUACCCAAAUUGGAACUUUGCGGUGCACAUCUAUUGGCUAAAAUAUUAAAAAGAACCAAGAAGACAUUGAACUUACAGUGUAAAAUCUAUGCAUGGAGUGAUUCGAUGGUUACAUUGGCAUGGAUUCAAAACAAAAACAACAAAGAGAAGUUUGUACGCACCAGGGUAAACGAUAUAAAUGAGAUGAUUCCAGAAGCUGAAUGGAG